AUGGCUGCUAAAGUCUGUGCAUUGCUGGCAAAGAUUAUAUUCACGAGUGGAUCAUCAGCGGGCACGUAUCUAACGGUUCUCUGCGCCGGGCAUGUAAUCCUACGCACCGCACACAUCCCAGAAUAUGUCGAGUACAGCGUACGCUCCUCUGCCGCCAUCGGAGCUGUUGGCGGCGCCUUUGUAGGCAUCCCCAUCACUCUCACCAUGCAACUCGCGUCGUGGCUAUUCGGACUCGACUCUGCGAUGAAAGACGGCAAGAUCAGAGAGGGUCUAUGUGGUCUGAACCCGUGCAACAUUCUCAUCUCGUUCAUAGCGAUGCUAGGACUCAUCGUGGGCUGGGGAGCGGCAGCUGGAGCGAUUGGAAGCGCUCUUUUAAGAAAGUACGGUCACCAUGUAAUAGGUGUGCUGGCGGCGACACGUGCUGGAGCAGUUGGAACGGCAGUUCUGGGUCCAGGAGUUAUCGUCGCCGUGCUGUUGAUGACCAUUUGCUGCACUGGUACAAUCCUUGGGAUUGCAAACUUUGUGGAUAGAAAACCGAGAGGAAGGCGAGAUGAGCAGAGUGAAGAAGAGGCAGAAAAGGAGGUUUAA